CCCUGUAUAAAUACGCCCUGACACGCAGCUUCUCCAAUUCUAGUAUAUGUCUGCCAUAUGAAGGGAGUAGCGUGGUGACAUCAAUGCACAACAGAUAAAAUGAAUCUGUCAGAUGCUCUGGGUGGUGGACCGGGCUCUCCAGCCCAGAACAACCAGCAGGGUGGUGGGGGCAUGUGGCCUGGUGGACAACCCAACCAACCAACAUGGCCAGGACAGCCUGGUGUUCAACCGGCUUGGCCUGGUCAGCAGCAACCAGGCCAGCCCACCCCCAUGUGGCCUGGACAACAACCAAACCCUUCCCAACCCUCAUGGCCGGGGCAACAAUAUGGAGGUGGAGUACAGCCCAGCCAGCCAACCUGGCCCGGACAACCAGGGCGAGGACCGCCCAGCCAGCCAACAUGGCCAGGGCAGCCUAGCCAACCUACUGCUCCUCAACAUCAAUCACUGAAAGUGCCAUAUGAUCAGAACCUGCCAAACGGAUGCUAUGACAAGAUGGUCAUCACCAUUAACGGGACAAUUAACCACAAUGCCAAAAUGUUCACAUUGAACCUGACCAAAGGGAAUGACAUUGCCAUGCACAUUAACCCUCGCUUUGAUGACCAGGGCAAGAAAACGAUUGUGAGGAACAGUCUGAUUGGCAGUAAAUGGGGCAAAGAGGAGAGGGAACACAACCACUUCCCCUUCACUCAGGGCCAGCCUUUUGAGAUGAAAAUCAUGUGCACUAACAAUGAGUUCAGGGUGGCAGUGAACAACUCGCACCUCCUGGAGUACAAACACCGCAUCCGUGACCUCGACUCAAUCAAACACCUGGGUAUCUACAAUGACGUCACCCUCACGUCUGUGGAGAUCGAUAACUUUAAUAUCUAGCAGGUUUGGUUCCAGCCAUAGAAAUAGAAUGACUAGCAUGGCCUAGCCUCAAGUUAUUUAUAUGAUUCAAAAGACUUCCCUUGUCUUUAAACAGAAGUACAGUAGCUUGACUUUCAAGCUUUAAGCCACUAGGACUCACAUUCUGUACUAGGCCAGUCUGUUCUCUGUUAAAAUAUAUUUUCAGAAGUGAAAUUCCCUUACGGCAAAUUCAUAUACUUUGGUCUUCAAGUAAUUUGUGUAAACUGGUAAUGUAUAGACUGUAUGCAAUAAAUGGUGUUGGCAUAUUUUUCUCCAUGUAGACACUA